AUGGCAGAGGCUGGCCCGAGGAGCUGGCUGCUGUGGGCGCUGCUCCUGCACUUGGCCCAGGGCAAGCCGCACACGCCCAUCCACCGGCCCGGCUACUGCGCUUUCUACGAAGAGUGUGGGAGGAACCCGGAGCUGUCCGGGGGCCUGGCCCCGCUGUCCAAUGUGUCCUGCCUGUCCAACACGCCUGCCGUGCUUGUCACCGGCAACCACCUGAACCUCCUCCGGCGCAUCUGCCCCCGCCUCUACUCGGGGCCCAACUCCACGUAUGCCUGCUGCUCCUCCAAGCAGCUGGUGUCCCUCGAGGCCAGCCUGGCGGUCACCAAGGCCCUGCUCACCCGCUGCCCCGCCUGCUCCGACAACUUCGUGAACCUGCACUGCCUCAACACCUGCAGCCCCAACCAGAGCCUCUUCAUCAACGUGACCCGUGUGGUGGGGGGUGGGGGUGGCCGGCCCCCGGCCGUGGUGGCCUACGAAGCUUUCUACCAGCAGAACUUUGCGCAGCGGACCUACGACUCGUGCAGCCGGGUGCGCAUCCCCGCGGCCGCCACGCUGGCAGUGGGCGCCAUGUGCGGCGUGUACGGCUCCGCCCUCUGCACCGCUCAGCGCUGGCUCAACUUCCAGGGGGACACGGGGAACGGCCUGGCUCCCGUGGACAUCACCUUCCACCUGCUGGAGCCUGGCCAGGACCCCGGCAGCGGAUUACAGCCUCUGAACGGGGAGGUCCAGCCCUGCAACGUGUCCCAGGGCAACGGCACGGCCGCCUGCUCCUGCCAGGACUGUGCCGCAUCCUGCCCUGUCAUCGCCCGGCCCCAGGCCCUGGACGCCACCUUCUACCUGGGCCAGAUGGCGGGCGGGCUAGUCCUCGUCAUCCUCCUCUGCUCUGCGCUUGUCCUGCUCACCGCCUUCCUUGUGGCAACUCGCCUGGCCGCGUCCCACCGCCGGGACAAGACACCGGACCCCAAGGCAGGCGCAAGCCUGUCCGACAGACUCAGCCUCUCUACCCACACUGUCCUUAGCCGGUGCUUCCAGGCCUGGGGCACGUGGGUUGCCUCGUGGCCACUGACUGUCCUCCUCCUGUCCAUCGCUGUGGUGGUGGCCUUGUCGGGGGGCCUGGCCUUUGUGCAGCUGACCACGGACCCCGUGGAGCUGUGGUCGGCCCCCAGCAGCCAAGCCCGCAGCGAGAAGGCCUUCCACGACCAGCAUUUCGGCCCCUUCUUCCGGACCAACCAGGUGAUCCUGACAGCCCCCGGGGAGCCCGGCUACCACUACGACUCCCUGCUGCUCGGGCCCAAGAACUUCAGCGGGAUCCUGGCCUUGGACUUCCUGCUGGAGCUGCUGGAGCUGCAGGAGAGGCUGCGGCACCUGCAGGUGUGGUCACCCACCGAGAAGCGCAACAUCUCGCUGCAGGACGUCUGCUUCGCGCCCCUCAACCCGCACAGCACCCGUCUCUCCGACUGCUGUGUCAACAGCAUCCUGCAGUAUUUCCAGAGCAAUCGCUCGCGCCUGCUGCUCACAGCCAACCAGACGCUCACGGGGCAGACCUCCCAGGUGGACUGGAGGGACCACUUCCUCUACUGCGUCAAUGCCCCACUCACCUUCAAGGACGGCACAGCCCUGGCCCUGAGCUGCAUGGCUGACUAUGGAGGUCCGGUCUUCCCCUUCCUUGCUGUGGGAGGCUACAAAGGGAAGGACUACUCUGAGGCGGAGGCCCUGAUCAUGACCUUCUCCCUCAACAACUAUGAACCUGGGGACCCCCGGCUGGCCCAGGUUAAGCUCUGGGAGGCGGCCUUCUUAGAGGAGAUGAAAGCCUUCCAGCGGCAGACAGCUGGCAGGAUCCAGGUCACAUUCAUGGCGGAGCGCUCCCUGGAGGACGAGAUCAACCGCACCACGGCCCAGGACCUGCCCAUCUUUGGGGUCAGCUACAUCAUCAUCUUCUUGUAUAUCUCCCUGGCUCUGGGCAGCUACUCCAGCUGGCGGCGAGUGCUGGUGGACUCCAAGGUGACGCUGGGCCUGGGCGGGGUGGCGGUGGUGCUGGGAGCAGUCACGGCGGCCAUGGGCUUCUUCUCCUACUUGGGGGUGCCCUCCUCCCUGGUGAUCCUUCAGGUCGUGCCUUUCCUGGUGCUGGCCGUGGGGGCCGACAACAUCUUCAUCUUCGUUCUGGAGUACCAGAGGUUGCCUCGGAGGCCCGAGGAGCGGCGAGAGGCCCACAUCGGCCGCGCGCUGGGCAGAGUGGCCCCCAGUAUGCUGCUCUGCAGCCUGUCUGAGGCCAUCUGCUUCUUUCUCGGGGCCCUGACCCCCAUGCCAGCUGUGAGAACCUUCGCCCUGACCUCCGGCUUUGCGAUCGUUCUCGACUUCCUGCUCCAGGUGUCCGCCUUUGUGGCCCUACUUUCUCUGGACAGCAGGAGGCAGGAGGCCUCCCGGUUGGAUGUCUGCUGCUGCGUGGGCGCCCCGAAGCUGCCCCCGCCUGACCAAAGUGAGGGGCUCCUGCUCUGGUUCUUCCGCAAGUUCUAUGUCCCACUGCUGCUGCACCGGGUCACGCACGGGGUCGUGCUGCUGCUGUUCACGGGCCUGUUUGGAGUGGGGCUCUACUUCAUGUGCCACAUCAGCGUGGGGCUGGAUCAGGAGCUGGCCCUGCCCAAGGACUCAUACCUGCUGGACUACUUCUUCAGCCUGAACCGCUACUUCGAGGUGGGGGCCCCAGUCUACUUUGUCACCACAGGGGGCUACAACUUCUCCAGCGAAGCGGGUAUGAACGCCAUUUGCUCCAGCGCGGGAUGUGACAGCUACUCCUUAACCCAGAAGAUACAAUAUGCCUCCGAGUUCCCCGAGGAGUCAUACCUGGCCAUCCCCGCCUCCUCCUGGGUGGAUGACUUCAUCGACUGGCUGACCCCGUCCCCCUGCUGCCGCCUCUACAUCUAUGGCCCUAAUAAAGGCGAAUUCUGCCCCUCGACUGUCAACUCCUUGGCCUGCUUGAAGAACUGCAUGAGCCUGACGCUCGGCCCUGUGCGGCCCUCGGAGGAGCAGUUCCAGAAGUACCUUCCCUGGUUCCUGAGUGACCCCCCGAACGUCAAAUGUCCCAAAGGGGGACUGGCAGCGUAUAACACCUCCGUGCAUUUGGGACACGAUGGCCAGAUUUUAGCCUCGCGGUUCAUGGCCUACCACAAGCCGCUGCGGAACUCGCAGGAUUACACGGAGGCUCUGAGGGCGUCGCGCGCGCUGGCGGCCAACAUCACCGCCUACCUGCGGCAGGUGCCCGGCACCGACCCGGCCUUCGAGGUCUUCCCCUACACGAUCACCAACGUGUUCUACGAGCAGUACCUGAACGUGGUCCCCGAGGGCCUCUUCAUGCUCGCCAUCUGCCUGCUGCCCACCUUCAUCGUCUGCUGCCUGCUGCUGGGCAUGGACCUGCGCUCGGGCUUCCUCAACCUGUUCUCCAUCAUCAUGAUCCUGGUGGACACCGUGGGCUUCAUGGCCCUGUGGGGCAUCAGCUAUAACGCUGUGUCCCUUAUCAACCUGGUCACGGCGGUGGGCAUCUCCGUGGAGUUCGUGUCCCACAUCACCCGCGCCUUUGCGGUCAGCACCCGGCCCACCCGGCUGGAGAGGGCCAAGGAAGCCACCGUCUUCAUGGGCAGCGCUGUGUUCGCUGGCGUGGCCAUGACCAACCUGCCCGGCAUCCUCGUGCUGGGCCUGGCGAAGGCGCAGCUCAUCCAGAUCUUCUUCUUCCGCCUCAACCUCCUCAUCACCGUGCUGGGCCUGCUGCACGGCCUGGUCUUGUUGCCAGUGGUCCUCAGCUACCUGGGGCCUGACGUCAACGCAGCUCUAGUGCUGGAGCAGAAGCAGAUGGAAGAGGCCACCAGGGUCAGGAUGGCCUCCUGCCCGAGCCACCCAGGCCCGACAUCCACCUCCAGCAGCACCUACGUCAACUACGGCUUCGAACAUUCCUCCAAGAGUGGCCUUCACAGCUCUCUGCCCCGCAGUGGACACUAG